GGCUCACAGCUGCUAAAUUGCACAAGACGCUCUCCCAGCAAGAGCAGCAGUGGAGCGAAGCAGCUACCGACCAGGAGAGCACAUGGAGCGACUCCGCAAGCAACCGAGUCUGGGCAAGGGAGGGAAGAAACGGCUGCAAGAUCUCCACUGCAGCGCUUUCCGGAUGGGACUUCUUGCAGACUGCUGGAAGAACGAAGAGAAUGAAAGGGAAAUUCUUCAUUCAAGGUGCACAGAGAACAAAACCUCUGAGAUUUCUACCAGAGAUGUUGGAUUCCUGACUCCCAAACUCUACCAGAGUAUAUUUUGCCAUAAUAGUCAAAAAUUGCUGAUGCAAGAAAUCAACUUUUUACGCUUGGUAACGUAACACAAAGCUUGAAGGUUCCAGUAAGGUGAAAAAUGGUCUACCUCAUUUCAACAGAGAAAAUUGGGAGAUUUUCAUCUUUGACUUUUUCAUUUCAUGGUAUUGAACCACACUGGAUAUUUUACCAUUUUUAAAAACAACAAUGUUUCAGUGUAUACAUCGUGUCCCCUUUUUCUUUGUCUAUAUUGAUGGAAGUCAAUGGUUUAGGAGGAGCUUUUGACAGUAAAUUAAAGAAUAAAAAGGUAGAAUGACCAUUGUAUUCUCUAAGAGUUUCAAAAUAUAAAGUACAAAAUAAAAUUAAUUUUGAAAUACAGAGAAUAUAAACUCCAAGAGCACUAUAAAUUCAAUGUUUUUAAUCCAUUGAUGAAAUCCAUUUUGAGUAUUUUUAUGAAUAUUUAUUAUUGUGCAUUUCCCCAAAAUUCCAUGGAUGGAAUUUGUUUCUUGAAUAUUUUAUGACAGGUUAGCACCACAAUCCUUGAAUGAAUUGUUUGAGAAUCUAUGAAUGAGUAAAGAUGAUGUUUUAGGCACUAUUUAUAAAAUGAACUGUUGUGUACAUCACAACAUACAUUUUCCCCAUAAUCCAAAUCCUGCAAGGAAAACAAAAUGUCCAGAAGACCUCAAAUUCACAUGUUCUUUGGUGCACCCAUUCUUUCAACUGCUCCAAGCAACCCCAAAGAAGAGAAUGGUUCUUCGGCUAAUGAGAAACCAUGGAGAGAAUUACACCUUUCAUUUACCAAUGACACUUUUAACCUUUGUAGCACAAACUUCAGGCCUCUUGACUAUGAGACCGCAAAUGAUGCAGUUUUGGUUGUCAAUUCCAAAGAUCACUUCCCAGUAAACUUUGAAAAAAGAGGUGGCUCGGUUGAUGUCUUUAUGACCGAUUGUGCAACAUCUGUUGGAUGUGUCAAAUCCUUCAGCCAUAAAAAGGAGGUCCUGGGUGAGUCACCUGAAGAUGGUUCUUCUGUCUGCAGCGAUAUAAGCAGAGGGAACCAGAAAAAGCACCAUGAAUGUCAACAAAGCAAAAAGAAUUAUACCAAAGGAAAUGCUGGUUGUAUCAUAGAUAACCAUCUUGAUUCUUCUCCUUUGGUUUUUGAGAUGAAGGACUUUAAAAAUUGUGUGGUAGUUAAUCACAACCCAACUUAUCUUAAGUCUCAACCUCAGGGUGAAAAUCUACUCCUGAGUCAGUAUCUGAAAACAUGUUCACAAAAAGCAGAUGAAUUGAAACCCGGCAACCUGCUAGAUGCACCUUCAAAUCUUGUUCUAUCAACAGACAAUGAAUUCCUUAGUAUUCUGACUUUAAGCCAAGUAGCUCUCUGCUCAGGACAAUAUGCCGUAGGACAGAAUGAAAUGCAAAAUAAACCUGUAGCAGGUGAAGGAGUAGAAUUGGCCCUGCCUUGUAGGGAAGACACAGCAGAUGGAGAACCUCUACUUAAAUCAAAUGAAGAUGGUGAUACAGCUGCUAAGAAAGUUGACACAAACUGUGAAGCCAACUUUGAGUCUUCCAUUCAACUCUUUGACUCCGAUAACUCAAGUCAAGAUAACUCAGAUUUCAAAAAACGUAGUCUUCUUUCUUCACCUGUUAAAACUGAAGGACGGGACCUUAAACCCCAACGGAAAAGACAGCUACAUUCUCCAGAAGAGCACCAUGCUGAAAGAUCUCAAGCAACUGAUGAUAAUGUGAUGACUUCUCGCUUUACUUUUGGAGAUCAGCAGCUAUCCAAAAGAAUCAAAUUAGCGUGUUCUCCUCUUCGUCCGGUUAAAAAAACUGGAAAAACCAGGAUCCCAGGAAUUGAGAAAGCUCAGAAGCCACUAUCAUUGCUUAAGGAUUGUGUUGAGAAAAGCCAAAAGUUCUCCAUCUUGGUGGUGGUGCUACAUCCUUGUCAUAUCAAAGAAAUCAAGGUGGGAAGUACCGCAUCCUGCAAAGUCCCCUUAGCCACAGUAGUCGUUGCCGAUCAGUCAGAAGUGAGACAGAAGGUUGUGUUGUGGAGAACAGCAGCAUUUUUAUCACUUACCAUCUUCCCUGGAGACAUUGUACUCUUCACAGAUGUCGUCGUUUGUGAGAACCGCUGGGUUGGAGAAAUGAUGCUGCAAUCAACUUUUAUGACCAAGCUGGUCAAUCUUGGAAGCUGUUCAGCUAUUAAUCCGAAGGAAGCCUCCCAUAUAGUAGACAGUCAUCUUCUCCAGGAUUUGCUGACCUACGUUUCUGCAAAGCACGGCCCUCUCCAAGCUCUCCCUCCAAGGCAAAGGCAGAGCCUGGACAACGUUUCGUGCGUCCUUCUCAAUCGGCUCAAACCAGAUACUUUGGUGCAUGCAGUGCUGAGAAUCAUCAACAUCACAGUGCUGAUAGAAUCCGUGUAUAGUUUUAAAGAAGAAAAGCAAAGUAAAAUCGUCUUAACGGUGGAACAAAUCAGGGGCCAGCCUUAUGCCUUGGUUGUUUGGGGUGAUGCAGCAGCCCAGUGUCUUCAGCUUCAAAGGAAAAAAGAUCAUAUUUGGGAAUUUAAAUAUCUCUUUGUAAAACACAAUCCUGUCUCUGGUGACUUGGAAUUGCACACGACACCUUGGUCGGUCCUCGAGUGCCUUUUCGAUGAUGAUAAAAGAGCUCUGGCCUUCAAAGAGAAGUUUGAAAGGAAGGUCCAAGAGUUGAUGAAGAUGACCACUCUGGCUUCACAUCUGGAAGAAAAAUGUUCGGGAAUAAUCCAAGUGAAGGCCUGCGUUUCAAAGCUGAGCUUUAUGGAUCCUUCCCUGUCACACGGACAGCUGGUCUUUGACGCUGAUACUUCCCUGGAGCACAUAUUCGCUUCCCUUCCCCUGAUCACCUAUAAGGGUUGUGCAAAAUGCGGCCGUGAACGACAGACAGAUGACAACGAGAUCUACAAACAGUGCCCUACCUGCUUACCUUUGAACCAAGUCAAAAUCUUCUACAGACCUGCUGUGAUGACCAUUGAGGAAGGGGAUUAUGAAAUCUCUGUUCGGGUGGGAUCCGAAUUGAUGGAGAGGAUGUUCCUUAACAUUCCCGCAGAAUGGCUGAAGAAGGCUGUAGAACCUUCCUCAGAUACCACCUACGGGAUGCUGGUGGCCGAUCUCUGCCACUCACUGCUCACCGACUCCAAGGCGUCCUACCUUCUAACCAUCAAGAGCCAUUUCGUCCUGGAUGAAAACAGUUUUCCUCUGGAGAAAGACUUCCAGCUGCUAGAGUUCCACCUUGAUCUCUGAAGCAGCCACUUCUAAUGAGGUUCCUCAUGCAAUUUCACAAUCGCGUAAAAAGACAUAAAAUGGGAGGGACAAGUGAAUUGGAGGGGGGUUUGUUUGUGGUGGCGCAGUGGUUAGAGUGCAGCACUGCAGGCGACUUCAACUGAUUGCUAGCUGAAGUUUGGCAGUUCAAAUCUCACUGGCUGUUGUGGCCCGCCAGUGGCCUGCGUGGAUUGUGGCUGGAUCCCGACGACAAGGAGGCUGGUGUGGGGUCACGCCAGCAGCCUGCGCAGCCGGCACUCACGUGGGACAGCGAGGAGGCUGAAGAGGAUGCGGUGCCAGAGGCAGAGACUCAGUCAGGGCCUUCAGAACCUCCAGAGGCUCCUUCAAGUGGAGAGAGCGAAGUGGAGGAGCCUCUCCUCAAUGCUCGAGCACGCAGGGCUGCCAAAAGGCAGGAGUGGCUACUCAGGAGGAAGAGGUCUACUUGAGAGUAGGGCUUGAGGAUAAUUGGCCACUCCCUUAGCCUAUUUAAGUCGCACACAGUUAGUAAUUUCUUGCUGGAAACAACAUGUAAUUAUUACAGAGCAUUUUGGAGAGUGAGUGUCUUAUCGUAUCUUGUUUUCUGGGCUGGUUGCCAACCUUUGCCAGACUUUGUUUAUUCUUGGUACGUUAUAACUUUGAUAAGGACCAUUGGUGUGUGUCACAAUCCUUGGGAAUUCAGAGCUGGGGCAGAACAGCGGCUCAAGGUUGACUCUGCUUUCCAUCCUUCCGAGGUGGGUAAAAUGAGGAGCCAGAUUGUUGGGGGCAUUAUGCUGAACUCUGUAAACCGCUUAGAGAGGGCUGUAAAAGCACUAGGAAGCGGUAUAUAAGUCUAAGUGCUAUUGCUAUUGUCUUGGAAUGAAUACAUGUUAUUUUUAUAAAUACAUUUUGUACGAUCUAAGAGCCAUGAUUUCUUCAGACAGUUAUUAAAAGCUACUCAAACGA